AUGCCUUACCAUUCCAAAAAUGCUUUUCUGUUCCCAAUUUGCAGUCUCAAACUUGGUCUUCAUCCAAUUGCCCAGCUUUUACCAUUUUCUUGCUGCCCACGCCUGACCAAAUUUCACUUGCGCUCAAUCAAGCAGCCCGUGUCUGUUCACACUCUCGAAACCAUUCGACCAUAUUUAAUGUCAUCGCUUGCUUCUCGCAUUUUCUUCGCUAAUUUUCUUUGUCUUUUCUCUUCGCUAAUUUUCUUUAUGUUGUUUUUCCUUCUUUGUUUUUUUAUUAUUCAUUCUUUUUGUUGCUUUUGCUCUAUUCUUUUUCUUUCUUUUCUUCUUUCUUUUUCCUUUCUUUCUUCUCUGUUAAUUUCUCUCUUCGUUUCUUUAUCUUUUUCUAUUUUUCUUUCAUUCUCUUUCUAUAAUAUUUCGUUUUUUUUUAUUAAAUUUUGCGUCCGUCUCUUUCAACCACUUUCAUUUAUAUUUCUUUCUUUCUUUCUUUCUUUCUUUCUUUCUUUCUUUCAAUUAGACACUAAACAUUUCAAGGUGAAAAGAUUUCUUUCUCUAUUCUUUCGACAAUUGUCUUUUUUUUUUAACAAUUGCAUUUCCGCCGAUAUUCAUGUUCUUCUUGAAUUUCGAUUACAAUGUCAUUUCGUCAUCCCUUUUGCUGAAAAAUAUUCUUUCUUUUUCAUUUUUGUUUCUUUCAUUUUUUUUCAUCCUUUUUUUUUUUUUCCAUUAUCUUUCUUUCUUUCAUUUUUAUUAAAUAUACAAAGUUUUUUGUCGUUUUUACUUCUAUUUUCUCAUUUUUUUGUUUUUCUUUCUUUAUUUUCGUUUUUUCAUUCGGCCCCUUAUUCUCUCUUUUUCUUAUUCUCAAUCGAUUCUUCUCUUUUCAUUAAACGCUCAUCAUUUGUUCAAAUAUUCGUAUUUAAUCACUACAAUUAUUAUUAUUAUUUCGCUGUUUCGCAUGAUUUUCCAGGUUUCAAACAAUCUCAGAUACUCAGUUGUUCUUAA